GUACUAGUGCCUUUAUCACUGAUGGUAUUCCUUCUGUCGAUCAGCAAACUUGUGUGAGUCAGAUACUUCAAUGUGCCACGUAGCCCUGUACUGCGAUAACCGGCUGUCUAUUUCGGCUUUUGACCCCUUCAGCUUUCCUCUAAGUAAAUAUACGUAUAUAAUAUAGAGAGAGGAAUGGUCUCACUGCUCGAGAAAUGUUGAAGGAGGCAUAGUCAAUGAGGAUGUCGCUAACAUAGAUAAUGAUCGGGGCUAGUUGUAGUCGUCGACUUGAUUUCUGGAGGAGGUCAAGUUUUCAAACGUUGUGGGACUUAGCCAGCUGCAGUGAGUGUGUUUAACUCUGCCCUUUCCAACGUUUUGUUUCUCUUCGGCCAAGUGUGCGUUCUUUGGAUUCUUUAACUGGAUAUGAUCAUACUUGGAAAUGGACCAGCACCUCUAACAGACGCGACGACUCAGAAGAGCUUGCAUGCUUACAGGAGGAAAAAUACAACUGAACUCAACAAGACAUCUGAUCUUUUUUAGUCGACAAAUACACCUGUUUUAUUAGUCAGUCAAACCUUGUUGUAGUGGACAAACCACAACCAGCAGAAAUCACCUUUUGUCUUGGGAGGAAAAACAUCCAACAUCAGACUUAUUUCAGUUGUCAAACACACCUUUUUUCUAAUCAUCACAGCACCUUUUUAAUCAACAAACACACCUUUCUUAUCAACAGACACACCUUUGUAAUCAACAAACGCACUUUUUCAAUCAAUAAAACAUACAUUUUUACAAUUACCAAUUGAAAGAAUACCCAGAAAGGACCCUCUGUAGAUUCUUGCGGGGAGCAGUCCCCUUCAGCCAGACACAAUGCCUUCCACGGACGUCUCCUCGGACCCCAGCACUCUGGACGUCACGGCGUACGAGACCAAUGACUUGUUACAGGACCAGUUCAGCAAACAGGCCAAGCUCACACCAUCUGCUGUGGCUGUGGUCAGUCCCCACGAAAACAAGACGGUGACGUUUUCUGAACUGGACACAUGGACAGACACACUGGCUGCCGCCCUCCAGGGGAGGGGAGUUGGUCCCGAGAAGUCUUGUGGGAUCUACCUGGGAAAAAGUGUCAGUUUUGUCGUAGCUUACAUCGCCACACUCAAAGCAGGUGGUGGGUAUAUACCCAUAGACACCUCCUACCCGUCCCACAUGCUGGAGUCCGUCAUCAAUGACGCGGAGCCCACAGCUAUCGUCACUUCCUGUGAACUUGCCCCCAAGCUGUCCGCAUUUCCUGAUGACAGACUCAUCGUGCUGGGUUCGGAAUGGCAGGACGCCAUGAAGAAGGAUAAUGAAGCCAAAAAGUUUUCUCUGAAAAAACCGGAGAUGGGAUUUGACAACUUGGGCUACACUGUCUACUCCUCGGGCACAACGGGAAAACCCAAAGACAGAUCUGGUUCUGUGGCGAGGUAGUGACCACAUCCCUGCUAGAGCGGUGUAUCCAAACCCUGCCGUGGGUCCGCUACGUGAACCUGUACAGUGUCAGCGAGUGCCAUGACGUGGCUUGUGAGGACCUCAGUGCUUACUACAGGGACAACAAGGAGUUCUUGAUGUCCCGCAAGUUUUCCCCCGUGGGCCGCAUCAUCAAAGGCGUGGGGAUCACCAUACUGGACAAGGACGGCAAAGUCCAGCCUGUCGGGAGAUCAGGAGAGAUUUACGUCAGUGGGCCCACACUGGCUCGAGGAUACAUCAACAGGCCGGAAGUCCAGAAACAGCGUUUCAUUACCAUGGAUACAGGACAGGGGGAACAAACGCUGUUGAGUCGUGCCUGCUGUCCCUGCCUAUGGUCAAGAAGUGUGUCGUCCUGGUGUCCGGGGAGGAGGGCGAGGACAAGUACCUGGUGGCCUACAUCGUCAGCGACGGCCAGACCACCAAGAAACUAGUGCGCGCAGAACUGAAGAAGAGGCUGCCAUUUUACAUGAUUCCCUCAUACUUCAUGUUCUUGCAAAGUAUCCCAGUGGUUCCUGCGAGUGGGAAACUGGACAAGAAAGCUCUCCCCACCCUGAACUCUCAGGACGACGAUAGUGUGGGGGCCGAGGGGAGGCCUUCAACGGUCACUGAGAUCGCUCUCGCAGAGAUCUGGAUCGCAGUCCUGCAGCUGAAAGAGGUUGACAUUCAGGAAAGCUUUUUUGACCUGGGCGGACACUCUCUUUUGGCCACAGAACUGCUGACCCGGGCAAAGCAAAAGUUCAGCGUACACUUGGCCGUCAAAGACCUCUUCCUGUGCCCGACCAUCUCCAGCCUGGCAAAGCUCAUAGACAAUCGGCUCGCCAACAAAAAUGGCGGCGGCUCCAGCGUGAGUUCGUCUGAGGAUGAUAUCAUGCCCAAACUGGACCUUUUGGCAGAAGUCAGGAGGCACGAUCAAGGUGUCACAAAUCUGGACAUGCAGCUCAGAGCGUUUUGGAGAACCUUCCAUCACGGUCACCACUUUCACAGAGGAAGAGUGUUGCUCACUGGUACCACUGGCUUCUUGGGGGCGUUCAUCUUGAAGGAGCUGCUCACACGUACGAAGCUAGUAGUCUACUGCCUUGUCCGCGAGCUGCCUCAAAAGUCCGCAGAGGACCGCAUCCAACAGACUCUGAGACAGUAUGGAAUCAUAGCUCAGGAUGAGGCCAAUGCAACAGAGGAACAAGCCGAAGUGAAUGAAGCGUUUCAACAGAGAGCGACUGCUUUGAAAGGUAACAUAUCUCUGAUGAGACUGGGUUUGAGUGAAGAGGACUACACCUAUUUGUGCACAGACAUUGAUUUCGUCAUCCACGCUGCCGCGGCUGUCAACUUGGCAUAUCCUUACAGUGCACUCCAUGGACCAAAUGUUAUGGGAACAGCGAAUGUCAUUCAGUUUGCUGCCACUGGCAAAGUCAAAGCUCUGCAUUAUAUCAGGGAACUUGUCCGGCGAUUCGAAGAAAGCUUUCUGGAACCCACAAGACUUUACUCUGUUGAUUAUCCAAGCAUGCGCCAAGACAGGCCUGGCACCAAACGUGGACUGGGACAUAGAAAUGACGCCAGUAGACUUUGCUGCCUCAGUUAUUGUCAAAUUGACGCAGACACCAGAUUCUGCACUUGGAAGAACGUUACACUUGAUCAAUGAUAAGCCAAUGAAAGCAAGGGAAGUCUUCCAGUGGAUGAAUACUCAUGGCUACCCUUUGAUGCUUCUAGAUUUUGAUGAGUGGAAGAAAAGGGUCGUGGAAGAACUGGAUGCUCUAAAUGGUGCCAGUGGGCCUAGUGCAGAGACAAUGGCCAGAGUAUUGGAGUCAUAUGUCAGUGAAUCAACGUUCCUGACCAACCUGAGCACCUACGACAACCAGAACAUGCAGAGUCUGCUGUCACAGCUGGGCAUGCUGUACCCGUACACAGACAUACGACUGCUGAGGACCUACUUCACAGAGCUCACCAACAGGAGUGUGCUUGGGAGAAGGAAAAGCACUAUCUGGGGUACACAGAAUCAAAACUUCCAUCAACCACUGGCAGACCGUGUUGCCGUGGUGACAGGCGCUUCCAGCGGUAUCGGCAAAGCCACUGCAAAGGCGCUUGCUGCUGCAGGAGCCAGAGUGGCCUUAGCCGCCCGCAGGGAGGAAGUCAUCCAGGGCAUCGCCAAGAGAAUCAAUGACGAAGGUGGUGAGGCCAUCGCUGUGAAGACAGAUGUGACAAGCAGAGACCAAGUGAAAGCUUUGGUCCGCCAAGCAGAGUCUUCCCUGGGUCCUGUGGACAUUCUGGUGAACUGUGCCGGGCUCAUGUACUUCACAAUGAUGAAGAACAUGCAUGAAGAUGAAUGGGAGAGACAGAUUGACGUCAACUGUAAGGGUGUUACCAAUGCCAUUGGGGCUGUGCUUGAUGGGAUGAUGAAGAGAGGCAGAGGCCACAUUGUGAACAUCUCUUCUAAUGCCGGUAGACGGGGUUUUGCUGGCCUGGCUGUGUACUCCGGGACCAAGUUCUACGUGGAGGGCUUGUCGCAAGCUUUGAGGCAUGAGGUCCUGGGGUCAGGGGUCAGGGUGACUUGUGUCCAGCCCGGAGAUGUAAAGACACCGCUGAUCACUAUCUCCACCGAUAAAGAGGCAGUUGAGCAGUUUGAUGUUGGCAGCAAGAUUCAGGCUUUGGAACCGAACGACGUGGCUUCGGCCAUUGUGUACACUGUGUCACAGCCUCAGUACGUCGCUGUCAACGAGAUCCUUGUUGAGCCGAGAGAGGCUCCCAUAUAGUUGUCUUACAUGUUUCCCUGACCGUCGCAAAUAAGCAGUGUCGCUAGUGUCAUCUUGUCGUAUUCAUAAUCUGACUUCUGUCUCUGUCUCUCUGUCUCUCUCUGCCUCUGUCUCUCUCUGCCUCUGGCUCUUUCUCUCUCUCUCUCUCUCUCUCUCUCUCUCUCUCUCUCUUCUCUCUCUCUCUCUCUCUCUCUCUCUCUCUCACUUGCUCUCUCACUGAUUUCCUCUUAUAAUGGUUAGGGUCUUCACUGUCUGAGGCAGAAGAUGUGAAUUCCCCACCCAUGAUGGAAAAUGAUUACGUGUGCUUUUUAUUUUCUUUUAAAGGACAGUAUUAGUGUAGUUUCAAGCAUUACUAAUUUGUGGUAUGUUUGAUUGGUGUUACAGGUCCUAUUGCAAUAGUGCUGUUGACUGAUUCUUCUCUAUCACACUGAACGAGAUUUUGCACCAGUGUCUGUGGUGUAGUAGUUUGACGCACAGAAGACAUGAGUUCAAUGGCUAAGUGGUUUGGUACUUUAUAAAGUAUCUUCAUUUGUCGUCAGGACUUCGUUUCCCUCUCAGCCCAGGGUGACCCUGACAGGCAGGCAGGUUGAAGCAGCCUGCCCCUUAAAUGAUUUAAAUUGUCUCUAUGAGGCCGUUAAACAUGUCAAAUGAUUUUUAGAUGUUGCAUGCUUGAAUACCAAACAGCAAGAAGUACUAAGAUUGCAGAAUUGUCAAUGUCCAUAUUCUGCAAAAAGGUAUGACAAUCAUGUGUAUGAUUAUGGAUUUCAUUUUAAGAUUGAAUGGAUUGUGUAUAUAAUGCUUUAAAGGAGUUGGACAAGUCUGAGAUCGAUAUGAGAUAUUGAUACUGGAAUAUUGAAAGGAUGGCCAAACCCAUUGCUUGUAGCGUGUUGAAUGAAAGGCAGUGGAGUUUUUAACUUACAGGCAAGCACAUUAUGUCACAUUACUUUUGUGUCAUGACGCAGUGGAAUCAGGUGCUCGUUUAUUUUUGGGCACGUGGAGUUAUUUGUAUCAUCUGAAAGCUUAUUAUUAACUUAUUCAUUUGCCUUGCUUUCAAUGAAAAACAUUUCCAUCUAUCUUAAAUGGAAGUUGAGAUAUUUGCAAUUGAAGGAGGUGGGGGGUCACCUGGUUUCAGAGGUAAAAUAAGCGAGAAAUGGCGGCCAAAGUUUGGUGAUUUCAAUAGCUUGAGAGUCCUUGAAGACUGGAAAUUUGCACAUUUUGCACCUUUAAUCAAUGUUUUCCAGUAAAAUUCACAUGGAAAUGUGUUUUCAUAUUGACUUAAAAUGUGUUGAGCCAAGAUACAAAACUCCGAUAAAAAUUGACAAACUGGCGUAAAAUGCCUGUUUCUUCGAUUUCAAUAUUUUGACGAGCACCUGAUUGUAUCAUGAUGCUUCACAUUUGAAUAUUUCCCUGGUUUGUCUCCUAAAGUGAUGCUAUGUUGAGGAAUGUGAAGUUUCAAAUAAAGAACAUCUAGGCCUAUACACAGUUCAGCAGGCACAUAGCGAAAUCAGCGAGAUAGAGUAAUCUUUCCUUUAUGUAGGUUAAAUACAAAGAAUCUUUUAUAAUUUUGUGUGUUUCUGUAAUUUUGUAGGUUUGUUGUGGUAAUGAAUUUUUCUCAUGGUUACUGUUCAGCAAGGAAUUCCAAUCAAUGAAGACAUAUCUUAUUGAAUGUUAUUGUUCUGUCCGAAGGCUGUACCAAAGAAAUGUUUCCAUCUCUGCUGUUACACAUCAUUUGCAUGAACUUUGUAAUUCAAAUUCAUUUUUUGUGACCCCAUAUCCUUUACAGAAAGAAUGCCAGUGAUUGAAAUAAAAUCUGCUACAGAUGUAGUAUCAGUUUGUAGCAAA